AUGGCCGAGGAAACAGCAGCCGCGCCUCCCACAGUGGAUGAAUCUGUCAAUGCCUCAACGCAGGUUAAGGCAGGAAGCCCCAAUGAUUUCCUGAAGAGCGUGAUUGGGAAAAAGGUGGUAGUGCGCCUGAACUCUGGUAUUGAUUACCACGGUACACUCUCCUGUCUGGAUGGCUACAUGAACAUUGCUAUGGAGGAAACAACAGAGCAUGUGGAUGGCGUGCUCAAGAGCAACUACGGCGACACGUUCAUUCGUGGAAACAAUGUGUUGUACAUUACUGCACUGGACGCAUAG